AUGGCGACAGCGAUUGUUAAUUCGGCUCGUCAGGUCGGGAGGUUAACAAGCGCUGCGAAAAGGCUUUAUUCAGAUUUUCCAAAGAUAACAACCCAUUACACAGUUCACCCGAGAGAUAAGGAUUCAAGAUGGACAGAAAUAAACAUGGAAAGAAUGGCCGAGGAGACAGAUAUACUAAUUAUUGGGGGAGGUCCAGCUGGGAUGGCAGCAGCUAUAAGAGCAAGACAAAUAGCAGAGGAGAAGGGAGCUGAAGUCCGUGUGACCCUAUUAGAAAAAGCAGCAGAAGCCGGUGGUCACAUUUUAUCUGGGGCGUGUGUAGAUCCCAUCGCCCUGAAUGAAUUGAUUCCCGACUGGAAAGAGAAGGGUGCUCCAUUCGACACCCCUGUAUCCUCGGAUAAAUUUGGUUUGUUAACCAAAAGUGGUAGAAUACCAAUACCUGUCUUUCCUGGUUUACCCAACUACAAUCAUGGCAACUAUGUAGUGAGAUUGGGGCAUUUAGUAAGAUGGCUUUCUGAACAGGCGGAAGCAGCUGGUGCUGAGGUUUGGCCAGGAUGCGCUGGCGCAGACCUAAUAUAUCGAGACGAUGGCUCCCUUAAAGGUGUGGCCACGGGAGACGUGGGCAUAGCCAAAGAUGGAAGUCCUAAAGAUAUGUUUGAGCGAGGAAUGGAGUUUCAUUCAAAGAUUACUAUUUUCACUGAAGGGUGCCAUGGACAUUUAACGAAAAUGGUGUCUAAGAAGUACAACUUGAGAGAGAACAGUGAACCACAAUCGUAUGGUAUUGGGUUGAAGGAGCUGUGGGAAGUAAAACCAGAGAAUCACCACCCAGGACUCGUAGAGCACACAAUAGGAUGGCCUCUAGAUAAAAAUACUUAUGGGGGAUCAUUCAUUUACCACCUGCAAGCUGGUGAAGGCGAAGCACCCCUCGUGGCGGUUGGCUUUGUCGUGGGGCUGGACUAUCAAAAUCCUUAUUUGAGUCCAUUUAGGGAAUUCCAGAGGUUCAAGUUGCAUCCCUAUGUGAAGCCUAUGUUUGAAGGUGGAACACGGAUAGCGUACGGUGCUCGCGCUUUAGUGGAGGGGGGUUGGCAGUGUCUCCCCAAAACGGUGUUCCCUGGUGGGUGUCUGGCUGGUGACACCGCGGGUUUCCUUAACGUACCUAGAAUUAAGGGGACGCAUAACGCUAUGAAGAGUGGUAUGCUGGCCGCUGAGAGUGCUAUGGAAUUAAUAUUAUCCGGUGAAGCAACUCACGAGAACGGCGUUACGCCGACGCUGUAUGAAGACAGACUACGGGAGUCCUAUGUUUAUAAGGAACUGAAGCAAGUACGAAACUGCCGGCCAUCGUUCCACACUUCCAUGGGACUUUACGGUGGCCUAGCCUAUUCUGCGUUCUCGACAUUAGUGCGCGGUAAAGAACCUUGGACACUCAGCCAUGGAGGUGCUGAUCACGCGAAACUCAAACCGGCCAAGGAAUGCAAACCCAUCGAGUAUCCAAAGCCAGAUGGCGUUAUUACCUUUGAUCUCCUAUCCUCUGUGGCCCUAACAGGAACCAACCACGAGGCAGACCAGCCCCCUCAUCUGACGUUGCAAGACGAUACUGUGCCAGUCAAGAAUAACCUCAGUGUGUUUGAUGGACCUGAGGCCAGAUUUUGUCCUGCUGGUGUAUAUGAAUACGUCCCAUUGGAGACAGGCGAAGGUCAGCGGCUACAGAUAAACGCACAAAACUGCAUACACUGUAAAACGUGCGAUAUAAAAGAUCCAUCACAAAAUAUAAACUGGGUUGUGCCAGAGGGAGGCGGCGGUCCCGCGUACAACGGAAUGUAA